UGUUCCAUAAAACCUAAACUAAAAGAAAUAGUGAAUACCUCUGCAAGGUUUUGGCCAGUUUGGGUCCUUUAUGACGUAUGCUUUGAGCUUAGUUAAUAUUUACUGUCUUCACUACUUUGGCAAGCGCACGACUAAAGUACGCCACGUGGUGUGUAGGCCAUGUAGGCGGCCACGCAUCUCGCAGAGGGCCGUUGCAGAGGUUCGAGGAAGUGGGGCUCUUCGAUUAAGUUUGGCGCCUCAAAGCCACCUUAUCCAGUUUACCAAGGACCAACCACCGUAUCCAUGCUCCGUGCUACACAGAGUGAACGAGAUCCGUUUCGACGUCGUGCAGUGUGGCAACAGCUGGCAAUAGCACACGAGGUCGCGAUAAGAGAUAAAGGCGAGCUGGCAUAGGGCGAUUGACGGAAUGUGGCGUUGUCGGCUUAUUAACGUUGUGUGGUGAGAGCAGCCAGCACCGUCAGCAGGCGACGUUCGGUGGGCUAGCUUAGUAGGCCGCUGCUAUCAUCUGACUCGCAGGAAGGCAGAUUUAGCACAGGUGCGCCGGUUUUGCUGUGUCACUUUUGGAUGUAAGAAAACCGAUUGGAUGUUCUACUGCCAACCUACCAAACUGUUUUGCUGGUUCUACUCCCAUGCCCAGUGUGGGAUGCGAAAGCUGCUCUACCGCCUGAUGAUGGUGAAGCCGACCCAGGUCAGAACUGUCUGUGACGUUCCCGCCAAGCCGAUACCCACCGUGUCUCCGAAACGGUGCUAUGAGGAUGCAGUGUAUGCCCUCAAUAAUCUCCAGAGCAAUGAAGCUACUCUGAAAAAAUCGAUGCAGCACCCAUCCAAUGCAUUCCUCAAGUCAAGGCUAAUGCCUGAGCAUCUUCAGGCUGUUGGCCUAAAGGUAUCAGAUCUUGACGACCUCAAGGUAAUCCAUGUGGCUGGAACAAAAGGAAAAGGAUCAACAUGUGCUUUUGCUGAAAGUAUUCUCAGACAUCAUGGCUUUAAAACAGGUCUUUACACUUCUCCACAUCUCGUGGCAGUUCGAGAAAGGAUCAGAAUAAAUGGGAAGCCUCUGUCUGAAGCCGCUUUUGCAAAGUAUUUCUGGGAUGUUUACCACAACCUGAAAGCCAAGGAAGGACUAGACAUUCCAGCAUAUUUUCAGUUCUUGACUGUGAUGGCAUUCAAGGUAUUCAUCUUGGAAAAAGUUGAUGUGUUGGUGCUUGAAGUAGGUGUUGGUGGUGAAUACGAUUGUACAAACGUAAUAAGACAUCCUACUGUGGUUGGCAUCACAUCCUUGGGUUUAGAUCAUACACGUUUGCUAGGCUCAAGCCUGCAGGAAAUUGCUUGGCAAAAAAGUGGCAUUUUCAAGAAAGGCUGUCCAGCAUUCUCACUUCCCCAGCCAGAGGGAGCAUUUCAGGUGCUCCAGGAGAGGGCGCAGGAGAGGGGGUGUUCACUCAGCUUAGCACCUCCACUUUUGACAUAUGAGUGCGAGUUACCACUCCUUCGACUGGGAAUACCAGGGGAGCCACAGCAGGCGAAUGCGUCCCUUGCACUGCAGUUGUGCAAGACCUGGCUUUCAAAGCACUGUUCAUCUAGUUCUGCAGCAAGAAAACAAGUAGCAAGAGAUGCUGCUCAACGAAAGUGGCUGCAUGACCAGAAUUUGCCUUUUAUUGUACCUCCUUUCCCAAUAUCAAAGUUAAUGGCUAAAGGUCUUGAGCAGUGCCGAUGGCCUGGUAGGUGUCAAAUAGUUCCUGCUGGUCAAGGCAUGACACUGUACUUGGACGGGGCGCACACAGAGGAAUCAGUGCACUACUGUGUACGCUGGUGGCGGGAAGCUGCAGCAUCUGAACAACGUGCCUUAGGCCCAAGCGUUCAGGUUCAUCGUGUGCUUCUGUUCAACUGUAUGGGGGACCGCCGGCCCGAGGUUCUGCUCUCCUAUCUGGCAGAAGAACCCUUUCAUGUUGCCCUGUUCACUCCUAAUCGCCUCACUGUAAGCAAGAGCCCAUACUCAGACCAGAGUGACUUUACUGUGGAGAAGUGCACUGAGAUGGCUAGAUGCAAAUCCAACAUGCGCAUCUGGUGUCACCUACUGUCAAGCCUGCAAGAAGAAGAGAUGCUUGGUGUUGGCAGCCCUACAUCUCCACCAAGCCUCAAAGGGAACCCUGAAGACUCUUGCAUUGUCUUUCCCUGCGUCUCGGAUGUCAUGGCCUGGCUCCAGGAGCAGCAAAUGGCUGCCCAGCAAAUGACACCUCCUUGCCACAUACAGGUCUUGGUAACUGGAAGCCUUCAUCUAAUUGGUGGAGUAAUGUGCCUACUGGAUCCCAAACUUGCAUUGCUCUAGUAGUUAUGCAAAGCAGCAGGCAGUAACAAAUCUUUAGCUGUGUAAAAAUUUACACCCAUCACAUUUCCUUUGAGAGAACACAUUAUAUGAAUUGCAUUUUUUAUUUUUUUUACACAUCAGAGUUAUCAUAUAUCUUGUAUCAUGAAUAACGUGUCAGCCUCCAAAUUAUAUUACCAAUAAUAGUAUUACUGCAGUGUGUCAUUUUUAACGUAACAUUGUGCCUUUAUAAAACUGUAGUUCAGUUCAGAUGUUUAUAGCAUUUUUAGCAAUCUGCUAAGUACCAAGUAAUGAUGCCAUUAAUAUGCACAGCCUGACACAAUUAUUAAAUGGUUCACUUGUACUAUUAAGCAGCUGCAGUGUUCUUAAAGUUCAUCCUUCCAGAGCAAGGUAUGGGACCUGGGCAAGUCAAUGAUUCUGUGACGUCGCACAAAGCAAGCACUUUUCUUUCUUUGUAUCUGUUCACCUCAGAUUGUCAAGCUGUAAAGUCAGCAUUAUUAUCUUGCUAAUGUGAACUUGACUGUCCUUUGGUUUUACAAUGUGCAACAAAAGUUCCAAAGGUGUCUAUGCCAUGUUUAAACAUGUUUAAAUUUUGCAGGUUGUUCAAGGAUUCAUUUACCAAAAGGGAACACAAGUUUUGUUGAAUUGCAGAAAUAUUGAAAUGCAUUCUUAAUGUCUUUAGGCUCUGAAGCAAAUGUGUUCUGAAGGUUGUUUUGAUAGUGUAGUGCAGUCACAGUGCAGCUAAUAAUCAUCUUACCAGACUCUAUUUGAAAUUUGCAUGGUAAGAAACAUCAGAUUAAGGCUAUGCUUGGUCUCUCUUAAUGCACAUUGUACAGUUUUUACUAUUUUAAACAUUUUAUAAAACACUGUCAUGCAUCCUGAUGUAGCUGCCUACUAAUGGGGACACUAUUUGAAAUUUGCAUGGUAAGAAACAUCAGAUUAAGGCCAUGUUUGGUCUCUCUUAAUGCACAUUAUACAGUUUUUACUAUUUUAAACAUUUUAUAAAACACUGUCAUGCAUCCUGAUGCAGCUGCCUACUAAUGGGAUCUAAGAAGUGUAGCAAAACUGCAGUAAGUUGUGUAUUAUGGCAUUUAGAAGUUGUUUGGUCUCUCUUAAUGCACAUUGUACAGUUUUUACUAUUUUAAACAUUUUAUAAAACACUGUCAUGCAUCCUGAUGUAGCUGCCUACUAAUGGGGACACUAUUUGAAAUUUGCAUGGUAAGAAACAUCAGAUUAAGGCCAUGUUUGGUCUCUCUUAAUGCACAUUAUACAGUUUUUACUAUUUUAAACAUUUUAUAAAACACUGUCAUGCAUCCUGAUGCAGCUGCCUACUAAUGGGAUCUAAGAAGUGUAACAAAACUGCAGUAAGUUGUGUAUUAUGGCAUUUAGAAGUUCUUAAAACUCAGAAACAUGAUCCUCAACAAAGAAAAAUCAUUUUUGAAACCAGCAAACUAAGCUAAAGCUCUUGUUCAUAGCAUAUAAGCUUGCUGUAAAAGUGCUGCAAGUUGGUAGGGCAGCAUGGUUAGAAUGCAGAGCCUGGAAAUUGGGAGUGUGCCAUGGGGUUUUUUUUUUUUACUGCUAGUAGUUAUGCCGUAAAUUGUGAAGAUAAGGAAAAGCUAAGUGAAUUUUGGGGAGACAGGAGUUCACUUACUUCCUUGAACGCAAAAAUUUGCACCUCGGCUGACAUGUUCCAAUAUCGCCAGGUGUUAGUAGGCAACUAUCGGCAAAAACAAUGGCACAGAAGGUUUUUAAAGCCAAAUAUGCUGAAAUAUGAGGAAAAUAACUAUAUACAGCAGUGCUGAUAAGGUCACUCACAUGUGGCUUGCCAGUGCUAUGUGAAAUAAAUGCUGUGUUUCAGAGCUCUUAUUGGGUGGGUCAGCUUGCUGGGAAAUAUGUGAAAGCAUUUGGCAUCGAUCUCCUUGGCUGUAUUACUUUGCAGAAAGAAUACGGGUCAUGCUAUGCAUAUGCCACACUAUCAUUUGUUUGGCUGUGCAACUUUUACAUGCUUGAUUGGGUCUCAUUUUGUAUUGAUAGCUACAGGUGCUGUUUAAAAGUUUGUUUGGUUACACCUGUAUGCCUUGAAUUGUGUUGCUAAAUAAAUGCAUUUGUCAAA